GAAGAGGAAAUAGAAGAAAGAAUUCCGGAUUCCUUCCAGCGGAAUGUAGUAACAGAGGAACUCUAUGUGUCAAAUUACAUUUAUGAUGAAUCAGUUGACACUAUAUCUCCUGGAAGAAUAACAGAUGUAGGGAUAAAUAAUAUUGAGUCCGAAACAACAGAAAGUGGGGAAAACAGAAAUUUGACGCUUACUUGGACGGCAACCGGGGAUGAUAAAAAUCAGGGUCGAGCCUCGGCAUACGAAAUGAGGAUAUCUAGCAAUAUUGAAACCUUGCGUGACAAUUUUGAGUUAGCAGAUCACCUUAAUAUGACAAAUUCCUCUAUCUACCCACAAGUUGUUGGAACGACAGAAGCGUUGAAACUUGUUGUAAAUGCAGAAGAAUCGUUUGUUGAAACAAUGUUUUUUGCAGUCGUAGCUGUUGACGAUGCUGGUAAUAAAGGGCCCGUCUCAAAUAUAGUUUCUAUUGUUGUUGCAAGAGAUUAUCGUGUAUCUGGCGAACAAGGUUAUGCAGUUAAUGAGGAGGACGAUGAUACAAUUGUAGAUUUAGGACUAGAUAUGUCAACGCAGGCACGUGACAAUACCACAAUCAUAGUUGGAGUAACAGUUACAUUUGUAGGUCUACUUUUAAUAGCAAUACUCGCAGUGGUAACAUUCAAAAUGUGGAAAAAACCUGCCGUAACAGAUAACCGUUGUUCUGACACAUUGACGGAGGUGGUGUCAUAUCACCCUAAACAACUUGAUAGUAUGCGUGCACCUUCUCCAACCGAACGAAUUAAUGAUCCGAAAUUGUAUUGGCUUAAAUAGCGUCUAUUUGUUAAAGAUUUUCUCAAAGAAGAUGGUUCUCUUCUCGUUACAAAAUGUCCUAUUUCCAUAAAUGGAAAUUAACCUAUCUAUAAUCAAACAUUUUAUUAGGGGACAUUUGUGUAUGUAACCUUGAUUUUUAUUUUAAAAUAGUUAUUAUCACACUGUCAUAUUAAGGGUUAUUUAAGGUGUCAUUUUGUGUAACGCAAAGUUUUAUCAAGUAACCAUAAUAUUUCUAAAUAAAAUUCUCUCUAUCAUUUUUAGAUGAACAUUUAAGGCACCAGGUUAAUGCUUAUUUUAUAUUCGUCACCUAUACAUGCUUUUUUGUUGAUAAAUCAUUGUCAUUUGUUUGAUUAUUUUAAUGGUUGAAAAAUGAUGUUAAAACAACAUAACUGUAUUGUAUUUUGAUCUGUGUAUAAUGACUUAUUCCAUUUAAUGAUAAAAUGUAUGCUAUAAAACCUUUGACAAGGUGAAAUCAACGUGUGUGUGUGUGUCUGUGUGUGUUUGCGUGUGUGUUUAAUUCUUUUUAGAGUGACUGCAAAUCAUAAUUAUACACUUGUGUUGGUAUAUUAAUUUCUCAUAAAAAUGUUUUGAUAUCCAUAGACAUAAUUUCAAAAUUUCUCUCAUGUGGUCAUUUAAAUUAAUGAAAAGUGUUUUUGUGUUGUGUAUCCAUCUUUACAUCACAUGUAUGGUAUGGAUUUUCUCAUCCAUCUGAAUGCCUCAUUUAUUGUAUGCCUAGUGUCUGUAAAUAUUGUAAAAAGUCAUGAGAACUUCGAGUUCGUUAUUUCUCUGGCUCGUGAUAUGUCCUUUUAUUGCUUAUAUUCGCAAUCAACCACACCAUGUUAAGUGUUAGGCCA